AUGAAGAUCCCCGUCAUAAUCGAUACUGAUCCCGGCGUCGAUGAUACUCUAGCAAUAUUGUUGGCGUUGGCUUCUCCAGAGCUGGAUGUACUAGCCAUCAUCGUCUCGUUUGGCAAUACUGAUACUGAAGCCUCAUAUCUCAAUAUCUUCAAGUUGUACAAAGCUAUCUCCCUCCAUAUCAAAAAGCAUCCAGAUGCUCAAUCUCGUUUCCCUGGGUUUUCAUCCUCCAGGAAAGUGAUCCUUGCUCGGGGCGCGGAAGGUCCCCUUGAAGGAGACCUGCACAGCGCACAAUAUUUCCACGGCAGGGACGGUCUAGGGGGCAUCACUACGCGCCAUCCAGAUCUCAGCUUAGAAGGGGACAUUCCCCUCGAGCAUCCACAACUACAAAUUGUGGGGAAGCCGGGAGUCGAAGUGGCAUUGGAGCUCAUACGCUCGCAACCCGCACGCGCUGUCACCUAUAUAGCCCUAGGACCCCUCACAAAUCUGGCGAAAUUGGUCCAGUUGGACGAGAGUAUUGUGCGAAGUCGACUUGGCCGCAUUGUAUGUAUGGGCGGCGCUCUGGACGUGCCUGGUAACACAAGCCCAGUCGCCGAGUUUAAUUUCUUCGCCGAUCCAUUUGCGGUCAAGGAAUUGCUGGUCCCGACACCUCCAAGUCUCGGAAUCCCACUCGAGCGAUUCCUUCUCCUCCCUCUUGAUAUCACGACGGUUCACCAGCUGUCUUUUCCUUUCUACAAGGAGAGGGUGGAUCCUGCCUUCGAAUCGACCUCGAAGCCGUCGCAGCCAGAAGGAAAAUCUGUGCUGACCCAUUUCACGAGCUCGUUCCUGGAGCGCACGCGGGAGAUCAUGAUCGAAUUCGGGAACGAUGCCAUGGAGCUUCACGACAUCGUAGCCGUUUGGUGCGCCAUCGAGAACCCGCCAGUGGAAGUUGAGGCAGAAGGGGCGAUCCCCACGCUUCGACCCGGGUGGAAGGCAGUCAAGCGAAAGUUCGAAGUCGAGCGCACGGGGGAGUUGACACGAGGGAUGCUGGUGGUCGAUCGACGAGACGAUGAAGGUGCCUACGCUCCAGGUUCUAACCGCGCUGAAGUUCAAGCAGAGCUCGAAAAGCAUAAAUUCAUCCACUCCGGCAUGUAUGAGUCAACCGCGUUGCCGGCUCAAGUCGAGGUUGAGGAAAGUGCCCAAACAGAUCCACUGCCUGGCCACCCAUCCGGCGUGCCCGUUGUGUACGAGACACCUGGUCCUCAAGCACUAGUUCAACUAAUGCUCGAGAGGAUAUGGGGGGUUGCAAAUUGA